AAAUAUACAUUGCGAUAUUUUUUUCAGGCUUUUGCCGACUCCCGACUGGCUUAUCCUGAAGAUGUUCGUGCGAACACAGGCAGGAUCGUCUCCGGCUGGGAGGCGGAAGAGGGACAGUUCCCCUACCAGCUCUCUCUCCGUAUGGUGAACAACGAGGCUGCAGUGUUCGCGUGUGGAGCUACCCUUAUUCAUAAUGAGUGGGCACUCACUGCCGCUCAUUGUACUGCAAUGCGCAUUACCAUCGUAGUCCGCGUCGGAGUGACCCAAACCACAAGACCAGCUCUGAUCUUCGAAACCACGGAGUACUAUAACCAUCCGUUGUACAUCGAGGAGUUGCCGUUUGUGCAGCAAAAUGAUAUUGGUGUUAUCAAGUUCCCGAGACCUGUUGAAUACAGUGAUGUGAUCAAACCCAUUAGAUUGCAAUCUUCUGCUGAUAAGGACAAGAACUACGAUGGCCUAAUCUUACUCGCUACGGGCUGGGGCAGAAACUGGACUAAUGGUGUAUCCCCUGAGAACAUGAACUGGGUUUACCUUACCGGAGUAGCGAACCAGGACUGCCGCGCCGCGUUUGGAGGCUCUAGUACUAUCGUUGCGUCUACUAUCUGCGCUGGGUUCUACAAUGUGACCAGCCAGUCUACUUGCCAGGGUGACAGCGGCGGCGGUCUCACCGUGGUGGAUGAAGAUGGCAUCGUCUCGCAAGUUGGUGUAUCCUCUUUCGUGUCCUCCUCUGGUUGCCACACACCUAUCCCUGCUGGUUUCAUCCGUCCCGGACACUACCAUGACUGGUUCUACGAAGUGACUGGAAUUAAUUUCGACUGGGUCCCGGGACAAGAAGAAGACAGUGAAUCCAGUGAAUCCAGUGAAAGCGAGUCCAGUGAAAGUGAAUCAAGUGAAAGUGAGUCCGAUGAGGAUGAGGAUGAGUCUAAUGAAGAUGAAGAUGGUGAUAAUGAGGAUGGAGAUAAUGAAGAUGGAGACAAUGAAGAUGGAGAUAAUGAAGAUGGAGACAAUGAGGAUGGAGACAAUGAAGAUGGGGAUAAUGAAGAUGGGGACAAUGAAGAUGGGGAUAAUGAGGAUGGUGAUAAUGGAAACGGAGAAGAAGAAGAAGCUUUUGGUUUGAGAAUGUAA